AUGAAAUCGGAACCAAAACAUUACGGUAGAGCAAACCUUCCCCAUAAAGUCAGACUGAGAGAUUCCAUCUGUCAGUUAUUCAUUUUCCAUUUUUUGUUGUUACCAUAAAUCUGAAGCCAAACUUGAGAGAGAUAGUAAGAGAAAGAGAGUAAUGGCGCAGCUUUCAGAGACUUACGGUUGUGCACCAUCAACAGAAAGAGGAAGAGGGAUAUUAAUAUCCGGAGACAUAAAAUCAAACUCAAUUGUGUAUUGUAAUGGUAGAUCAGUUGUCAUUUUGUAUCUUGAUAGACCAUUAGAAAUUUCUGUAUAUGGUGAACAUGCUUAUCCAGUAACUGUUGCUCGUUUUUCACCAAAUGGUGAAUGGAUCGCUUCUGCUGAUGUUUCUGGUAUUGUUAGGAUUUGGGGAAAGAAUAAUGAACAUGUUCUUAAAAAUGAAUUCAAGGUUUUGUCUGGUAGGAUUGAUGAUUUACAAUGGUCUCCUGAUAGUCAAAGGAUUGUUGCUUCUGGUGAUGGUAAGGGCAAAUCUUUUGUCCGCGCUUUCAUGUGGGACUCAGGUUCUAAUGUGGGGGAGUUUGAUGGCCACUCGAGGAGAGUACUCAGUUGUGCUUUCAAACCAACUAGACCAUUUCGGAUUGUCACAUGCGGUGAGGAUUUUAUGGUAAACUUCUACGAAGGGCCACCAUUCAAAUUUAAACAUUCGUUGAGGGAGCAUUCAAACUUCGUGAAUUGUGUAAGAUUUUCUCCAGAUGGCAGCAAGUUCAUUAGUGUAAGCUCUGACAAGAAGGGUAUUUUAUAUGAUGCUAAAACUGGAGAAAAGAUGGGAGAACUUUCGCCAGAGGAUGGACACAAAGGAAGCAUCUAUGCUGUGAGCUGGAGUCCAGAUAGUAAGCAAGUAUUGACAGUGUCUGCUGACAAGUCUGCAAAGGUAUGGGAGAUUGCUGAGGAUGGUAGUGGGAAGGUGAAGAAAACUUUGUCAAGUUCAGGUGGAGUGGAAGAUAUGCUCGUUGGUUGUCUUUGGCAAAAUGAUCAUCUUGUCACCGUUUCUCUUGGUGGCACUAUUAGUUUAUUUUCAGCAGGUGACCUAGAGAAAUCCCCAUUAUCAUUUUCUGGACACUUGAAAAGUGUCAGUUCUUUGGCUGUACUUCCGGGACAGAACGUCGUGUUAUCUAGCAGUUACGAUGGUGUAAUAGUACGAUGGACUCAAGGGGUUGGAUAUAGUGGAAAAUUAGAGAGGAAAGAAAAUGCUCAAAUUAAAUGUUUCUCUGCUACUGAAGGAGAAAUUGUUUCAUCAGCAUUCGACAAUAAGGUAUGGAGAAUUCCGCUCCUUGGUGAUCAAUGUGGAGAUGCGGAAGCCGUUGAUAUUGGGAGUCAGCCCAAGGACCUGAGCAUUGCACAGCUUUCUCCCGAACUUGCUCUCGUUUCAACUGAUUCAGGAGUCGUCAUGCUUCGUGGGUUAAAAGUAGUGUCGACCAUCGACCUCGGCUUUGCUGUGGCAGCAUGCGCAAUUUCACCCGAUGGAAGUGAAGCAGUCGUUGGUGGCCAGGAUGGUAAAUUGCAUGUAUACUCCAUCAACGGGGAUACACUUACAGAAGAGGCAACCCUUGAGAAGCACCGUGGUCCCAUUACCGUCAUUCGUUACUCAACGGAUGCUUCUAUGUUUGCUUCAGGAGAUUCUAAUCGAGAAGCUGUGGUUUGGGACCGUGUAUCCCGAGAGGUAAAGCUUAAGAAUAUGUUGUACCACAGUGCUCGCAUAAACUGUUUGGCUUGGUCUCCUGAUAACACCAUGGUUGCUACUGGAUCGCUUGAUACAUGCGUCAUUAUAUAUGACAUCAGCAAGCCAGCAUCCAGCCGAGUAACCAUCAAGGGUGCUCACUUAGGUGGGGUCUAUGGGUUGGCUUUUACUGAUAACUGCAGCAUUGUGAGUUCAGGCGAGGAUGCAUGUGUGCGUUUAUGGAAGUUAACACCACAGUAGCAAUUGGAAGCACAUGUCCUUGCAGGAGUUUAAUAAGUGGUGAUUGUGCAGAGGUGUUUUUUGUUGCUUGUUUUGUAGCUGUUUCUUACCCAUUCUACUGUUGUUGCUGAGGUGAAAAAGGGGUAAUAUGUAAGGAAAAAGUAAAAUAAAGAAGGAAGAAGAAACAAAAGAAACAAAAACGGUGAUCAGACAUUUCUUGUGAAACGGGUUUCUUCAGGAGCUGUCUGUGUUUGCAGCAAAAGUUGCUUCCUCUCAGUAUGAACAAUGCACACUUUUAGAGAUCAAGAGAGGUAUUAUAGCUAUUGAAGAGCUUGAAGAAACUGUAAAAUCUUUGGUUCUUUUUGCGUUUGAUUCGCUAAUACCGGGUUUAUUGGUAAUAUCACUAUCCUUAUAUGCCGAGGACAUCAGGGUUAUGAUUCUAGUGUCUAAGUUCAUUGAAAUAGUGAUUAAUUUUGAGCAGAAAAAGUUGCUCACUUUUGCUGCUUUUGUUGAUGUGUCCAUGCGAGUGACAAGAUUGCCGUGUAACAACAUUUUCUGGUGGUUUCUUUUGUUUGUUGUGAAUGUUGCAGUUGUGUUAUUUCAAGUUUAUUUUCCUGUGUGGUCUCAAUACUUCAAUUAAGAGUUAGUUUUUCUGGUA